AUGCUGUGGCGCCCCAGAGCACGCCCCGGGGCGUGCCGGCACGCGUCGGUGCAUCGCCUCGUCCCGGCACGCCCUGGGACGAGGCGAUGCACCGGGUUCCCGUGUGCCCGGAAGCUUCGAAACCCGGUGCACCGCGGUGUAUCGGGGCGUGCCAAGGCACCAGCGGCUCCUGCGGCGGGAGAUGCGCCGAUGCAGGCGGAGGGGAAGCAGGUCGACGCGAGCGCAAAUGACGGCGCGACUAGCGGCGGCUCGGGGAGCGCGGAGAACACGGGGAGCGCGGGGAGCACCGGGGGAAACGGCCAGGCUCCCCCGCCGGAUCCGCCAUUGCAUGACUACAAGGCGGCUCUAAAGCUGUGCCUCGAUUUCUUCGACGCGCAGAAGAGCGGCGACCUCGCGCUCACCCCGCAUCCCGCCUGGCGCAACACCUCUCAUGUGCAGGAUGGGAGCGCGGUUGGAAGGGAUCUGGCAGGGGGGUACUAUGUGGAUGGGGGGGGAGUGAAGCAGACAGGGCUGACUGCAUUCGCUAUGAGCAUGCUGGCUUGGAGCAUUGUGGAGUUCGAUACCGAGCUCGAGUCGUCUGGGUUGAAGCAGCGGGCAGUGGAUCUACUCAAAUGGGGCGUGGACUGGCUGCUCAUGGCGGAUCUGGGUCGCGGCUGUGUCGUGGCGCAAGUGGGUGACUCUGCCGGCCAGCAUUCAUGCUGGCAGCGCCCAGAGGACGACUCUGCCGCGCGGCCCGUGUACACGGUGGUGGGCGCCAACGGGCCGGGGGCGGCUGUUCUGGCUGACAUGGCUGCUGCGUUCGCUGCUGCCUCGCAUGUGUUCGGCGAGUUUGACCCCGGAUAUGCCGCUACGCUGAGGGACCAUGCCACCAUGCUCUUUGAACUCGCCAACACCGCUACCUCGACCGAUGACGCCGCCCUGCCAGGCACUCUCCCCUACCAGCCACCCCCAUCCUCCUCGCCUGACUUUCAAGACGAGCUGCUCUGGGCGGUGGCAUGGCUAUGGCGCACCACCAUGUCUGACGCCCUGCACCAAUACCUGCUCAAGCCCCAGCUAGAUUCACUCCCCUACUCGCUCGCCUUCACUCACGCUAAUAAAGCAUCAGGAGCAGCAGUGCUGCUGGCGACGUUUGUGUUGGGACCCAUGGAGGAGGAGGACGAGGCCACCACACAGGCAUCUGGUGCUGACGUCAUCUUCAGAUUCCAGAAGCUCGUGGAAGCUUCCCUCUGUGCUUCCAUGGCUGACGUGCCGUCCAAGACCAGCGCUGAGACGUUGGAGCAAAGCAUGCCUCGCACGCAGGGCGGGUUGCUAUGGCUGGACCAGACCGAGCCAAUGCAUGCAGCAGUGCAAGCAGCUUUUCUUCUCAAAACCUACUCGCGCUUUCUCAAGGAGGGCGCAGAGGACGAGGGGAAGUGCGCUGGUGUGUCACCACGUGCCGUGUCCGCCCUUGCACGGUCGCAGAUUGACUAUCUUCUAGGGUCUAAUCCGCAACAGCUCAGCUACAUGGUGGGCUUUGGAGAGAAAUACCCCAAGUUUGUCCGCCAUCGAGGAGCGUCGAUUCCAUCCGUGGCAUCUGAUCCAGCGGUGUACACAUGCACAUCGGGUCAACAAUGGCUGCAAAGCACCUCGCCCAACCCCAACAUACUCUCAGGAGCUGUGAUGGGAGGGCCGGACCAUGACGACAAAUUCAAUGACUCCAGAGACAACCGCCUGAACGAGCCUGCUAUUUAUAUAAAUGCCGCCCUCUCGUCUCAGGUGCCGGCAACGGUUCUAUUAUCGCCAGAUCCGGUCUUUCCUAACGUGCUGGGUCGCAUCAAGCUUUACGAAGAGGACGGAAUGAGCAGCCAAUCAAAUCUCGCGGCGAACUCUGCGAAGUCGCAGCAACAAGUCUCAUCGUCGCAACUGUCGUCGAAACCGGCGCAAACGUCGCCGUCGGCGCCAUCGGCGUGCGAUCUGGAGGAUGGGUCGUGGGAGGUUGACGAUUCGUGGCCACUCUACCAAUCAGAGAGCUGUCCGUUCGCGCGGGAAGAAACGAUGUGCGCGAAAUACGGGAAACCUAACUUGGACUACGCGAAGUUGAGAUGGGUACUGAGUGGCGAAAGUGGUAACCCUGAUGGCGGUUCUGGCGACACCAGCGAAAAAUGCUCAGUUCCAAAAAUCAAGGGUUCGAAUCUCUGCAAACGCGUCGCAGGGCACCGCAUAGCGUUCGUGGGCGAUUCGUUGUCGCAAAACGCGUUUGAGUCAAUGGCGUGUCUGAUACACCGAUUCUCGGGAAUGCCGGAAGUUCGUCUGAACAAUCACCGUGACCGCGUGUACCACUGGCACCAGUGCAACUUCACAAUCGCGUUCUCCUUCCACCAGUUUCUGUCCGAGGUCGCAUGGAACAAGGUCAAGGUGUCAGACGGAGGUGCUAUCCUGCUGGACCAAUCAGGGAAGAGAUGGACGAAGCACAUUAAAGCCUUCAACACGUUCGUUAUCAACUCAGGCCAUUGGUGGUCGGAACGUCAACUCGCCCGUUACAACAUCACCCUGGCACCUCCGUACAAAUCGCUCCACUAUCUUCUCGCAUAUCGCCGCGCCCUCAACCAAACCCUCUCCGAGUUUCUACACCCAGAGCUUGCUAAUAAACAGCUUUACGAGGAGGACGGAAUGAGGAUCGCAUCAGAGCCUCAGCUCACGGCUCGCGGUGCGACAUCGCAGCAACAACUAUCAGAGUCGUCGCCGUCGCCAGCGUGCGAUCUGGACGAUGGGUCGUGGGAGGUUGACGACUCGUGGCCGCUCUACCUAUCAGAGAGCUGUCCGUUCGCGCGAGAAGAAACGAUGUGCGCGAAAUAUGGACGAACAAAUUCAGACUACGCGAAGCUGAGAUGGGUGCUGGCUGGCGAACGUGGUAACCCUAGCAGAGGCACUGCCGAAGACACAACUGGAGAUGGCGAAAAGUGCUCAAUUCCAAAGAUCACGGGUUCAAAUCUGUGCAGACGCGUUGCAGGUCAUCGAAUUGCGUUCGUGGGAGAUUCGUUAUCGCAAAACGCGUUUGAGUCAAUGGCGUGUCUGAUGCACCGAUUUUUCGGAAUGCCGGAAGUGCUGCUGCAGAAUCAUUAUCACAGGGAUCGCAUGUACCACUGGCCUCGGUGCAACUUCACCAUCCUGUUCUCAUUCCACCAGUUUCUGUCCGAGGUGGCAUGGAACAAGGUGGAGGUGUCAGACGGAGGGGCCAUCCAGCUGGACCAAUCAGGGAGGAGAUGGACAACCCAUAUUAAAGGAUUUAACACUUUUGUUAUCAACUCAGGCCACUGGUGGUCGAAGAGACAACUGUCCCGCUACAACAUUACGCUUGCAUCACCAUACGAAUCCCUUCACUUUCUUGAAGCGUAUCGCCAUGCCCUCAACAGAACCCUCUCCGAGUUUCUACACCCAGAACUCGUUAACAAGCAGGUCUUCGUCACGACCUCUGCCCCUUCUCACGACAUUCGAGGCAUAUGCCCCGAAAAGAAAGUGAUCAAGAGGGGCGACAAUAAGCGACUGAACCAGAACCCACCGAACUCUGCCAGCAAGAGCUCGUCAAUGGAGCGACGAUCCAGGAUGAGAGAAGCCAUGGCGGAAGGCUUCAGAGAAGCCAAGGCGUGGGUCCAGAGCCGGCCCGAAGUCAUCAAAGCAGGCUGUCUCGCCUUAGCUCUCGCGCUUUUAUUCAUAAUCUACGCUCCCGCGUUCUUCUUCGGGUUGCUCGUCGGUGCUUCUGCCGUGAUCGGCGGCGAGGUCAUUCUCCUGAAGCAUCUGUGGAGGAAGAUUCGUCCUCCGAAGAAGGAAGGUUCUGAAGCGGGGAAUGCGCCUGCGCCGGAUCCUGUGCCUGAGGACCUUCUGGAAACAACUUCGAUGUUGAAAGAGAGCGUGGCAUGGGUUUCCCUCAGACCAUGCGAGGCAGACGAGGGCAAGACCGGUUCAGGCAAGCUGCGCAAGAACGUGAAGCUGUUCUCUCCAUUGCUGCGCCUGGCGACUCUGGAGGUGGAGGAGCGAGUGCUGGUGCUGGCAGGCAGCCAAGGCGAGUCAGAGACGAUCCCUCUGGAUGGGUGCGAUGUGAAGAGCUUCUCAGAGACCAGCGGGCCAGAGAAACGCUGGGCUCGCAAGUUCCCCAUUCGCAUCAGCCACCCGUCCCGCGUCCUCUUUCAAAACGCCAGGGAGUUUUUCAUCUACUUCCCCAAUGGCCGCGUGAAGCAGGCCUGGUGCCGAGCCUUGCGCGCCGCAGCCUUCCCCGAAUCUGAGGACACCCUCUGGCAGGUUCGGGUCUCCCAAGCCUAUGCCGUCUACCUCGGAAAGAUCCGAGCCUCGCGCCCGGAUCUGUGGGUGAAUGUGGAGGCUACGGAACUGGAGGGCGGGGGGGAGGAUGCGCGGGGGGAGGGGGAGGGCGGGGGGAAGACUGGGCGGCUCGGAGGGGUCGUUGCUCCGGCCGCCGAACCUGAAGGCUUUGUUCAGGAAGGAGCAGAAUCUACUGCAGCAGCCGAUGGUGCAGGGUCAGAGAGCGAUGCUGCCCCUUCCUGCGCCUCCAGUGAUGCUGCUACUACCGCUGCCGCUGGUCCUGGCACCGGAUGGAUUGGUGGGGCGGGUAGCUUUGGGGUUAGUAGCAGCAUUGGUAGCAGCUGUGGUGAUCCUGCUGGCAGUGCUGGCGGUGGUGGCGCUGGUGGCGCUGGUGCUAGUGGCAAUGCUGAGGCUGGUGGUGCUGGGGGGGGAUGGGAGGACGGUGCAGCAGGGGAGGAGAGCUCUCUAUGGGCUUUCAAGCGCAGCCACACGGACACAUCUGUGCGUCAUCGGCCGAGAAUCUGCAGUGCUGAAACAACCAGCACCAGCAGCAGUGUGCAUUCCUCUAGUGCUGUUCCCUCUGGAAUCAACUCGUGUGGGAUCAUUCACACGGGGACAAGGUCAUCAGGAAUCAACUCAUCAGGAGUCAACACAUCAGGAGUCAACUCAGUAGGAAUUGGUUCAGUGGGAAGUAACCUGUCUGGAUUCAGCCUGUCAGGAGUGAAUCUGUCUGGGGUGAACCUGCCUGGUGUCAACUCGUCUGCGGUCAGCCCGUGUGGAGUGAGGAAGAGGGGGCAUGGGGAGCGAGUACAGCAGCUGGAAGGAGUGGCAGAAGGGGCUGACGCACCUUUUGACAGCCCUUUUCCCUCGUCACUUUCAGAUUCUUCAGCAGCAAGGGGGGUAGGAGCAGCAGGAGCAGCAGGAGCAGCACUGGCAGCGGGAGCAGGGGGGGCAGCAGCAGCGGCGGCGGCGGCGGCAGCAGUGGAUGAGAGUGCGGAGGAGAGUGGGCCGUGGAUGUUCAGCGGGCCUGUGACCCAGGCAGAGGCUGCAGCAGCCGCCGCCGCCAUUGAAAUGGCCCACAGAGCGCCCGUGUCACACGGCGCAUUUGGGCAGGUGGACGGGCAGGUGAAUGGUCAGGUGGGCGGUCAGGUGGACGGGCUUAGUGCGCCAGGUGCCAGUGGCAUUUUGCCCGACCCUAGUAGUGACCCUGGUGGUGGCCAGUCGUUGAGCCAGCAGCAGCAUCGGGGGCCCUGGGGCACAGUACUCAGUGGGGAGCCAGAGGCAGCAGUGCAGUGGGCGAAUGCGCUGCUGUGCCGUCUCUACUUUGACCUUUCACAGGAGGACGCGCUUAGCAAGAAGCUCCAGGCCAAGUUCUCUGAGAAGCUGUCGCUAGUCAUCACGCCAUCCAUCAUGGGUCCCAUCUCCUGCACCAAGCUAUCGCUCGGCCCCAUCCCUCCUCUCAUUCGCUCCAUGCGCACAGUCAACCUCGCCAUGCCAGGGGGCGAUCUUGCCCUAGAUGUGGAUCUGGAGUUUAAGGGAGCAGCCACCAUGACGAUAGAGACCAGCAUUGAUAUGCGAGAGACACAGUUUCUCAAAAUGUGGGAAGAACGGGACCUUUCCCGGGCAGAAAAAGAGUCCGAGAGGAGUAAGGAGUAUUCUGGGCAGGUGGAAAACACUCCGUUGACCGCAGGCGCAGAACCGGGUCCUUCUGACGGUUCGGCAGGAGCUUCGGCAGGUGCAGGACUAGGCCCGGAUGGAGCAGGUUCGGCCGGACCUGGAGCCAGACCUGAGCGGCUGGGUCGGCGAGGGUCGGGCGCGGGAGAUGCGCUGAUGAGUGACGAAAUCGCUGCUGCUCUGGUGGGGGAUAUGGAGGUGGCUGAAGAUGUGACUAUAGAGGGCGCUGCUACAGCCCCUGCUACACCUGCCAAGAGCACGCCAACCAAAGCAGGCAGAAAGAGGAAUAUCAUUCGAGGGGUGCGAGGCAUGGUAACCAACAUGGCCAACAGCCUUUCCCAGGUCCCUCUCACUCUCUCCUUCAACAUCACAUCUGUUAAAGGCACGCUGCGCAUCCGAGUGCCCGCCCCGCCCUCUGACCGCCUCUGGAUGUCGUUCGUUGAGAUGCCAGAGAUCGAGAUGCAAUCCACACCGUCCAUUGGCGAUAUUAAACUCAAGCGCUACCCCAUGGCCACACUCCUGAUUGAGAAGCUCAAGGCACUGAUCAAGCGCUCGUUGGUGCAGCCAAGCUGUGUGGACGCCAAGCUCCGCUUCAUGCUCUCAGAUCCGCACGACUGGUUACCGCGUCAACCCUGCAUGUUACCCUGGCGCCCCCCUGUUGACGCCUCUGUCAACCCUCCUCCCUCCACCCUCCCCGCCUCGUCGUCCCAAACCUCUCUCUCCGGUUUGGCCCAACCCUCAAGUGCUGGCUCGGACAGCCGAGGCUCGGAUGCCCGAGGCUAUGCGGUGAAAGGCUCGGGAGGAGGUUCGGAUGGGGACGGGAGGGAUGGGGAAGGCUCGGGUGCAAAUCUUGAUCUGGACGGUUUGGAUGGGUUGGACGCGGUGGAUGGGGUGGAUGGGCUUGAUGGUGAUGCCUCUGCUGCUGCUGGUGCUGCUGGUGCUGGGGUAUUAGGUUCGGUGAGGGACGAUGCUAGCUUUGGGCUGUUUUCUGGGAGAACUUUGAUGAUGGUGGGAGGAGGAUUGGGAGGAGCAGCGGUAGGAGGGUUGGGGGGGUUCAGGGGUGCUGCGGGGGGAACUGCGGGUGGAGUGCCGAUAGUGAGAGCGAAGAGCUGGGAAGUGGGGAAUCCCGAGGUGAUGCGGACCCAGCUGUCGUCUCGUAGUGUUCGAGGCGUUGCAGGGCUGGCAGGGUUGGAAUCGACGGCUGGAAAUGAUGGUGUGGGAUCAACGGCUGGAAAUGAUUCGGAACGAACAGUUUCUUCUGGUACAAUCACGACAGCUGAACGCACAGCAUCCCCAGGUGUUACAGCCAGCACUGCAGGUAAUGCUGCUUCUGGGGGUGUCGCCUCAGUAGUAGCGACCAGUGGGGAUAGACGAGGUAAUGGGGGAGCAGCAGAUGGGGCAGCAGCAGCUCUAGUGGCUCGGCAGCAAGAAGGCUCCGGGUCUGGUGGGGAGAGUGGGGAGGAGAGGGAGGGCAAAUGGGGGGAUAGGAUGGCUAGGGCGAAGGAGUUUGUGGGGAGGAUAGGGAAUAGGGAGGCGAGAGAGAGGCUUGAGGAUAAGGCUAAGAAGGUCUUGGGGUUUUUGCACCGAGUUAGUCGGUCGAGAAGGCAAAACGACGAGAUGCUGUUCCGAGCGGCAAAGACGGUGGUAUGCUGCACUCUCGGGCCCAUCGUAUGGGGAUUGCUAUCGCUGCUCUUCCUCCUCCUCUUCGCCCUUGGAAUUACGGCACUUGUGCUCUACUUCGUGUACAAACCCCAGCUACCUGAGUGCGACGUACAGAACGUAACAGUAACCAGACUGAACGUCACUCGCCUAACUUCGUUUCCCUUCAACGAAACGGCAUACGCAGCUCUAGCCACCUUGAGCGCCGCGGACAGAGCAGCCGCGCUGGGAGUCACAGGCACAGACGUCACAAACUCAACUGACCCAUCCUCCCCGUUAUUAGCUUCUCCGCUAGAUGCUCUCGGGAAUGCCACUGUGCCGCCGAGGCUAGGGCUGAAUGCUGACGUGGGAUUCACGUUGGAGACGCGGAAUCCGAACAAGGUGGCGAUUGAUUAUAAAUACGUGAAUGCGUCAAUUAUCUAUCGAGGCGUGACUGUUGGAAACACGUCGAUACCGCCUUUCACGCAACAGGCACAAACCAACACGAGCAUACCAGCAUCGCUACUGGUUGUAGAUUUCCCGCUCGAUAUAGUCACGGGGCCUGUCAUGCUGGCGGAUUUGAACGCUGGCAAUGUUCCUCUUCAGUUGCUACUUCAACUAGGGGCAAGGAUCAACAUUUUAGGAGUGGCAUCUCCGUUUGCUCUGGUCGGUUUGUUGUGCGAUGUAACAGCUGAUCCAAUAACGCGGACAGUGAAAAGCACAAGUUGCUCAUUACAAAACGUAGGGUUCGCAUGA